UGGUAGUUCCCAAAAGCAGAAAGAUUGAUCAUUCUCAUCACUCGUAAAUUGAGCUCAUUGCGUUAUUCCAUUUCACAUUACAGAAACAGCAACACUUCAUCUUCAUCGUAAUAAUUUAUCAUAUAUUCAUUCAAAUUCAAAUUGAAAUGCGUUACUUCCACAUUAUUAGAACUAUUUGCAGCCCCUUUCGUACACAUUCACCCACCAAAUUCAACCUUCAUUCUUCUUCUUUUUCAUCAUCUUCUACAACCACCCAUUCCAAACUCGAUGUUGAUUCUAUCCUCGCAAGCCUCAACCUUCAUCGAAACUCUGAUUCAGAUGAAUUGUCUGAAGCGGUCUUUCAUCAGAUUUCCUCUAUUUUCUACGGUGGUGAGUCAGUCAAGAGACCUGAUACUGAGAAAAUUGAUGCUGCAAAUGAGUUUGAAAGAAUACUGAAUGUAUCGCAGUUGCCAAACAUGCCUCAGAGUAAUAUAUCAUUGCGAAGGAAAGAAGUUUCUCGUGAAAAGAAAAGGAAUUGCUUGUUCAAAAUUGCUCAAGAAAACCGUUUUCGCCGUUUAAUUGAAAGCUGUGCGAAGAUACUAGGAACUGAAGCUACCCUUGAGUUGUUUGAUAAAGUGGGACGAAAACCAGGCGUGAAAGGAUACAAUGCAUUGGUAGAAAUUUGCAUGGGUAAGGCUAGGGAAGCUGAGAAUGAAGACAUUGCAAUUGAAGAAAUGGGGAAGGUUUUUCACCUUUUUGAUUUAAUGAAGAAACAAGGUUUAAAGCCAGAUGAGCACACAUAUCGCCCACUUCUUUUGUAUACAAUUGACAUGGGCAUGGUUGAAGAGUUUCAGUUUUUCUGUCAUAUUAUCAAAGAAGAGGUUCCCAGUUCAACUGCAAGACUGGGUUACUAUGAAAUGAUGCUGUGGUUAAAGGUUAAUAAUGAAGAAAAAAUUCAGGAUCUCUGUAAUUAUAUUGCAGAGAAUGAUGCUGACGACACUUUUUAUUUACGAGAAAAUUAUUUAUUGGCUCUUUGUGAGAGUGAACGGAAGGAGAAUAUUUUGGAGGUGUUGGAAAUCAUGGACAUAAAAAAGCUUUCAUCUGUUGGCUCUAUAGCGAAGGUAUUUCAGACAUUGGGAAGACUACUAUUGGAACCUGUUGCAGAGGAGCUCCUUUUAGACUUCAAAGCAAGUGAUUAUGAUGAAGAUAAUAUUACAACCUUCAUUGCUAGUUACACAGUUAGCAUUCCAGAUUUAUCGGUUGAGGUUGGCAUAAAUAAAUUCAAGGAUUUGCAUGAAAAACUAGAAGUUUUACCUUCUUCCUCAUCAUAUGAGAAGCUCAUUUCACAUAACUGUGCAUUGCUCAAGGAGCACAAUUGUUCUGAUGGAGAGUUCGAUCAAUUGCUUCUGCUACUUGAGGAACUAAAUGAUACAUCCUAUUGGAAUGAUGCUUGCUGCAGAAUCAUCUUGUGCUGUAUUUGGAAUAAGCGUUUAAGUUCUGCUAUUGACUUGUGUAAGCUUCUCAAGGAUAAGUUACAAAUGGAUGAACUGGUUAUGAAUGUUCUCUUUGAUAAGGUAUUUUCUCGAAUUGAAGAGUCAGAAACCAAUCAUCGGCAAACUUGCCUGGAGUUGUUUUUAGAAAUGAAGGAUAAGCUUGGUCUUUGGCCUUCACAAAAAUAUUACGAUUCUCUGUUCGUUUCUUCUGCAAAUGCCAAUGUUAAUUCACAUAAUGCUGAAUGAGGCUCCUUAAUAAGAGGGGUAUAUGUAUGUAGUGCUCUUCAUAACUUUGCUACUAACAACAAUAGGUGCUGGUGUACAUACAGAUUGGUACCACAAACAAUUUCUACGAAUUAUGCUACAUAAUCAAUUCUCUUCACCCUCUUGAAAGAAAGAAAAAUGUCAUUUUUAGAAUUGCUAUUAGAGAAAUUCCCCAUCUUAUAGUUUAAGAUGAUGUUAUAACUUA